AUGAUUCUUUUUAUCCUUAUUUUUGUGUUUUUUCUUUCAUUCUUUUUUCUUUCUUUCUUAGCUUGUUUAAUAUUUCUCUUUUUUAAUGCUUAUUUAUUUUUCUUCUUUCUUUAUCGUUCUUUCUUUCUUUUUAUUUUUUUUAUUUUUUAUUUCUUUAUUCCCAUUAUUUCAUUUGCUAACGAACGUUCUUUCUUUUUAUCGUUUUCUUUCUGUUUGUUCUUGUACUCAUUACUCAUUUUACUUUUUACUUUUCUUUAUCUCCUUUUUCAUUGCUUUAUUUUUUCUUUCUUUUUAUACUUAUUUUUCUUUCUUCUUUCUUUCUUUCUUUUUCUUUCUUUCUUUCUUUUUCUUUCUUUCAUUUGUUUUUCUUGUUUAUCAUUUUUUUUUCCUUUUUACACUUAUUUUCUUUCUUUCUUUUUUCUUUUUGUUUUCAACAUUUUUCCUUCUUUAUUUCUUCAUCUCUUAGCUUUCAUUCUUUUCGUUUUGUUUGCUUUUCUUUUUAUUCAAUAUUCAUUUUAUUUCUUCCUUUUCUUUUAUCGGUUUUUGCUUGAAAAAUUAUUCUUUCUUUUCACACGUAUUUUAUUCCUUCUUUAUUUUUUAUCUUUGUUUCUUUCUUGA